AUGGCCAGGUCUGCUCAAGCAUCCAGGCGUCCUAACACGACGACAAAAAAACUUCAUAGAAAGGCCGAUUCCAAAGCAAAAUUCAAUGCUGCAGGAUAUGCCAAACGCCAGGCCCGCAAAGAGAAGGAGACUGCCCCAUCUGAAGACGUAUACGAAUAUGCACCAGACGUUGUUCGGAGGUCGAAGGUUAAACUCGACUUGGACAGAGAUGAGGACUUUGGUGGCAUUCCUGAUGACGACGACGAGAGGGAGCAGCUUCGCGCCCGACUCAUUGGUGAGAAUGAGGACGACGAGAUGAUUGACAGUGAAGACGACGAGGACAUUGACAGUGAUGCUGCGUUUGAGGAGAGCGAUGAUGACAGGUUUGCAGGGUUCUUCUCGAGAAAGAAGAAGGGCACAGCAAAGGUGAAGACGAAGCCCGCUGUACGAUUUGCGGACGUGGAUUUAAACGAGGAUGAGGAUAUGGACGAAGAGGAGAAGGAUGAGAGCGACGUAGAUGAAGAUGAAGAGGGUGAAGACGACGAGUUCAUUGACGUUCUCGACAUACUGGACGGUAGGGGUGAACCAGACAACGGCACUGACAACGAGGCGCAAUCAUCUUCAUCAAAGAAAUCGACACCACCGACUCCUUCUCGUAACCUUGAAAAUGUGGAAGAAGGUGAUGAAGAGGAAGAUGAAGUGGAUGAGGAAGAGGAUGAAGAGGAAUCAGGUGAAGAAGAUCUGUUCAGUCCUUCAGACGAGGACGAAGCAGCCCCGGAAGCCCUAGAGAACCUUCAGAACUUCAUUUCUACUCUGGAUACCUCAUCGAAAAAGCGCAAAUCUUCUGCUGAGGACUUGCCUGUCGAUGCACCACCACGAAAGCGUCGUAUUCUGAAAGAACGGACAGAGGCAGGCGAAGAAAACGAGUUUCGCACACAUGGAGCAGGAUCUAAACUCAAUUUGGAUGAUCUUUUGGCCCCCCUUGCGUCGCAGCCCGAAACACUUCUUUCUUUGAAAAAAUCGACCAAGGUCCUCAACCCCUCAUCGUCAUCCAAGAUACGCACAUUGUCGGCACCACUUCCUCAAAGAGCCCAAGAACGCUUGGAUCGAGAAGCGGCCUACGAGAAGACUAAGGAAGAGGUGGACAAGUGGAGUGCGACUAUGAAGCGAAUUCAGGAGGCCGAGCAUCUCAGUUUCCCCCUUCAAGCUAAACCAGAGGGUCGCGUUUCAGCACUAGAGCUAGCAGCAAAAUUUCAGCCUACCACUGCUCUCGAAAGUUCUGUCGACCGCCUUCUCAAGACUGCAAAAUUGCGCGACGAGGAUAUCCACGAGACGGAGGAGGGGAUGUUGAAGAUGAACAAUCUUUCAGUCGAAGAAGUCGCUCAGCGGCGUGCCGAGCUGCGAAAGACGCGUGAACUGAUGUUCCGUGCUGAAAUUAAAGCAAAACGAGUUGCGAAAAUCAAAAGUAAAACCUAUCGGAAGAUAAAACGGAAGGAGAAAGAACGUUUGGGCGAGAAAAUUGAUGAGGGGGGCAGCGAUGACGAUGAGAGGGUAAUGAAGAAGGAGAUGGAGCGGGCACGGGAAAGAGCUACGCUGAGGCACAAGAACACGGGCAAAUGGGCUAGGCAAAUGCGAGGGAAGGAAAGCUGGGAUGAAGAAGGCCGAAAAGGAAUCGAAGAGAUGCUGGAUCGGGGAGAGCGGCUGCGGCGGAAAAUCGCCGGGAAAGGUAGCGAUGAGAGCGACGAUGAUAGUGACGACGAGGAGAGUGUUGAUGGUCCAGAGGAUAUCCGGCAGCACGCUUUUGACGAGUUGGCUCGACUGGACAAUGACGAUGGGGAAUUGCCGCAGAACAAAAGUAAAGGGAAGAACGUAUUCGAGAUGAAGUUCAUGAAGGAUGCCAUGGCACGCCAACAGAACGAAACCAACAAGAUGGUGGACGACUUUGUGAAGGAAUUGGGAGGUGGAGGUGAGGCUGAGGAUAGUGAUAACGAAGGAGGUGAUGACCCUUCGAGCGGUGUGGUAGUUUCCCGGACAGGCGGUCGGGUGACCUAUCGGCCUGGCGCAUCGGUUCCCCAGCCUUCGUCCAAGACAUCAAAACCUUCAGCUAUCCCAUCAAUAGCGGUCGAAGAGGAAGUCGAGAACCCUGAGUCAACAUCGCCAGCACCAGCACCGGCUUCUGCUGUGACUGUCGAACCGUCCAGAAACGCGGAGGAGUCCAAUCCCUGGCUCGCCGUCGGCUCAUCCAGCUCCAAAGUGUCCCGGAAGAAAAACGAGGUUGUCGUGGACAAGAACAGCAAUCUCACCGAGAAAUCCAAGAACAAGCUGAAAAAGAAGGCGAAAAAGACGGAGCAAGAGAAGGCUAUCGCGCAGGACGACGCUGUUGUGGAAAUCUCAGCCGAGAAUGUCUUGACAUUGGGCAAAGUCGCUCAUGAUAACGAUGAUGAUUCGGACGGCAAUAGUGAAGUUGAAGCACAGGAGAAGAUAUUGGAGACAAAGAACAAAAAGAAGGGAAAGAAUGUCGCAUUUGAACAGCGGGACCUCGUGAAAAUGGCGUUUGCUGGAGAUAAUGUUGUUCAGGAAUUUGAAGAGCUCAAACGUCGGGAAAUUGAAGCCGACGCGCCAAAGGAAGUCGACACUACUCUUCCUGGUUGGGGCUCCUGGGGCGGCGCCGGAACGAGAAAGGCUCCUCCAAAGCCGUCGCUCAUCAAAAAAAUUGCCGGUGUCAAUGCCGCUAAUCGUGCAGAUCAUGGCAAAGGGCACGUCAUCAUCUCGGAGAAACGUGACAAGAAAGCGGCCAAGUACCUUGUCAAGGAUUUGCCGUAUCCGUAUACCAGCAAAGCGCAGUUCGAGAGAGGCAUGGAACAACCGCUGGGUGUCGAGUGGAAUACGCGCGUUGGCUUCCAGAAGGCAACGUUACCUAAGGUUGUUAAGAAGAUGGGCGCUGUUAUAGAUCCGUUGCAGAAGAUUUUUUAA